UCUGGAUUUGGGCAUAAAUGAAAUUGUCUUCUGUUUGUAUAGAGAUCUUAUUGCUAUAUCUAUUCUUGCCCCAAUUGCCUAUUUCCAUGAAAAGUUAGUUCUUUUAUCUCUUUACAUAUAUUCCUUCCCCUUUUUGUUGUUUGCCUUAAAUCUGCAAUAUUUUUAGGUGAAGAUGAGGUGUAUUGGAGUAUCGGGAAAACAUAAUCAAUGAGGUCGAUGUCUCCUCUGAAUAAACGGCUAGUACUGUCAUUCUUCAUUUUAGGAUUAACUGGUAUUUUCGGUAACCAACUAUUGUUUCUUGUUGGUCUUGGCUACACAAAUCCGACUUAUGCUGCUGCUUUUCAACCUUCAAUACCAGUCUUCACGUUCAUACUUGCUGUACCCACGGGUACAGAAACUACAAAACUUCUUACUGUGGAAGGUCAGACAAAAGUUGGAGGUACCAUCGUUUGUGUUUCUGGGGCUUUUCUAAUGGUUGUAUUCCGUGGUCCAAUGGUGUUUGGAGACGGCAUAUCAGAUUUCACAGCACAAAUUGAGAUAAGUGCUAAGGGUCAAUCAGAGCCUGCUGGAUGGCUACUAUCUAGUUUUCUGGUACUUGAUAAUUGGCACCUCGGCGUUUUAUGCUUAAUAAUGAACUGUAUGUGUGUGGCAGCAUACUUAGCUCUUCAGGCUCCAGUUUUGAGAGAAUACCCGGCAAGCAUAUCAUUGACAGCAUAUUCUUACUCUUUUGGCGUUGUAUUAAUGAUAGGGACAUCAUUCUUUAUGACCAAUGGAUCAACAAGUUGGUAUUUGACACCAUCUGAAGUUGUGGCUGUGUGCUAUGCUGGAAUUGUUACAUCAGGGCUGAACUACGGACUUAUGACAUGGUGCAAUAAGGUUAUUGGCCCUGCUUUAGUUUCUCUAUACAGUCCGCUUCAAGCUGUUGCAACAGCAAUUUUGUCUAGUAUUUUUCUUGGAAGCGAUGUUUAUCUGGGAAGCAUUUUGGGAGGAGUUCUCAUUAUAGCUGGGCUUUAUUUAGUAACUUGGGCAUCUUACAGAGAGAUGCAGCCAGCCAAGGGAACUGUUCUGACGGAUCCCCUAAUUCCAUAUGAGAUCAUAGGACACAUUUCCUCUGUUCCUUCUUCUUCUUCGAUGCCAAAGAUCAAUGACUAGAUAUUGCUACAGAUAUCAUUUGCAUCUUCUUUAUUAUAUAUAUAAGUUCACUGCUAAACAGAAUGACAGAUAUGUAUCAAGUUAUUCUACCAAAACAUGUUUUAAGUAUGAAAGUUUUGUAGUCAUCAU